AUGAUGGGGAAGCAAGAAUCGAUACCCGGUAAACAAUACGAAGGAACACAAGGAGCAAGUAAUUCUCAUUCAAGCACUAACCUAGAGAGAGAUAUGGCACUUAGUACUAAAACAAAUCAGGUUAAGAUUAAGUCAGAUUGUGAUGCUUUUCACCAGUUAUGGAAGGCAAACCCCAACCAAGUUCCCACCUUGACACCGACUUACAUCCAAAACUGCCAAGUCCAUGAAGGUGAAGUUGGAAACCUGGGCUGUUGUCUCGUCUGGAACUAUUUUCAUGAUGGAAAAGACCGUGUUGGAAAAACAAUAACCACGGAUUUCAACGAGGGAAAAAAGUUGGUCACAUUUAAGGUUGUUGAAGGUGAUCUCAUGGAUUUAUAUAAGACCUUUGUUAUACAUAUUCAAGUAGACAAAGAUGGUUCAGACAACAUUGUCACAUGGACUGUUGAGUAUGAGAAGUUGAACCCAAAUGUUCCUGAUCCCGAUACGCUGAUGGAAUUCUACGAGAAGGUUACCAGAGACAUAGAGGCUUGCCAACUCCCGAAUUAA